AAUCUCUUUCCUGUUUUUCUCUGUUAGCUGAAUGUUGACCUAGAAAGGGAAGAGGGCGAAGACGGCAUGGAUGCUUUUGAAGACAGCAACUCCAGUCCUUCGGGCACCCUCCGAAAUUACCCAUUGACCUGCAAGGUUGUUUAUUCGUACAAGGCUUCGCAGCCGGACGAAUUAACCAUUGAGGAACACGAGGUCUUGGAAGUGAUCGAAGAUGGGGAUAUGGAAGACUGGGUAAAGGCCCGGAAUAAGUCAGGCCACGUGGGCUACGUGCCGGAGAAAUAUUUGCAGUUCCCGACCUCCAACAGCCUCCUGAGCAUGUUGCAGUCCCUGGCAGCGUUAGACAGCCGGUCUCACACAUCCAGCAAUUCUGCCGAAGCCGAUCUCGUUUCAGGAAGCCUUAAUGGGGACUCCAGCGUCUGUUUUGUAAAAGCACUUUACGAUUACGAGGGUCAGACGGACGAUGAGCUUUCCUUUCCGGAAGGUGCCAUCAUCCGCAUCCUGAACAAAGAAAACCAGGAUGACGACGGAUUCUGGGAAGGAGAAUUCAACGGCCACGUCGGGGUUUUCCCUUCCGUCCUGGUCGAAGAACUGACCGCUUCUGAAAACGGAGAGGUUGCCUGUAUCGCUGAAGUUCAGGUCUUUCCAUCGGCAAAGUCCCAAAACUCCCUGGCGCCGUUGCCCCUCUACGACCAGCCCCCCGUCAGCCCUUUCCCCAGCCCCGAUAAAAGAGGAGCUCAGGGCUUCUCGCGGUCUCCCUCGGCAAACGUUUCAGUUUCAGAAAACAACUUCCCGUCAAAUUCUCCUGGAUUUUCCCAACCACCCCGACAGCUUCCUGAAAGCACUUCCUACGGCAAACUCAGACCUGUAAGUUUUAAGCUGGGCCUCAGAGCGAUAGACAUGAAGUGGGGGGGGGGGGGGGGGCUUGUUCCUGCGUCUUAGUUACAGCUUCGGCAUGCUUGCUCCAGGCACAAACCGGGUUAGAACCGGGCUUAAUUUCACCUGCUAAAUUACAUGGCCACUGGAUGUGAAUCCAUUUUGCCCAACAAUUGGCAUGUUGCAUGAAACAAACAAAACGUUUAAAAAGUUACGACAUCCAUGUCGUGACUUGCCAAGCACAAAUUACAAAAUUACAGGUAGUCCUCUACUUACGGAGACAAUUGAGCCCCAA